CUCUCUCCCUCCCCCUCCUCACUCACCCCCUUGUCCACGCCUCCCGCCCCCUCGCCCGCUAACGGAACCCCCUCCCCCAAGUUCGGCCGGGACCCAUUGUCGUACUGUUUGAAGGAGAUCAAUAAGACAGUCAAACCCAGAAUAUCCUCCUUCCGGACCCUCGGGCGAAUGAGGCUCACUCCAGAGAGGAUCAUAGUAAUGCCCACGGUGACAGAGGACUUUGGCCAUCUCCCCCCCGAGCAGCGCAGGAAGAGGUUACAACAGAAACUAGAUGACAUUGGCAAGGAGUUGCAGAAAGAAGUGGACCAGAGUGAGGCCCUGGAGAAGAUGAAGGAUGUGUAUGAGAAGAACCCCCAGAUGGGAGACCCUGCCAGUCUGUCUCCCCAGAUCAACCAGACAGCCCAGAACAUGGAGAGACUGAGAGGAGAGCUCAACAAGUAUGAGUCAUGGUUGACAGAGGCAGGAAGGCGAGGGGACUUGAUGCUCAGGAGAGAUACGUUACCAGAGGAUGCGUUGAGCUACAGGUCUCACUCCAACAACAACGGCAGCACUCACGAACCAUACAGCCCUGAUGGAACCCACUCUGAAGAAGGCACCCCAGAUCCCUCUCAGGCCAUCUACGCCGAGUUUGACGACGACUUUGAGGAGGAGGAGGAGCUUGUCGCUCCCAUCGGCCAAUGCACAGCCAUGUACAACUUCCCAGGUGCCAGCGAGGGGACCAUCACCAUGCAGGAGGGGGAGGUGCUGUCUGUAGUGGAGGAGGAUAAAGGUGACGGCUGGACCAGGGUCCGCAGGGCCAACGGGAACGAGGGCUACAUCCCAACAUCCUACGUCAGCAUCAACCUCAGCAAGUGACCCGACACACAUCCCACCCACACGAGGCCUGAGGGAACGGCCAGUCAUCACUGAUGAUGAUUCCAAAAUACUGUGGCAGCUCUCUCAUGGGACCAAUCAGAAAGAGGGGAAAAAGGCACUGUGGGCGGAACCAUCUGGGUGUCCAUAAGAAGACUACUAGGGCCAAUCCAGUCACUUUGAUUUCCUCGCUGAGAUGCGCACCCAUGAUUUCUUUCCCCUGCUGGCCAGAGAAGAUGCAGUCAAUUGUGCUUUUGGUUCCUUCUGGCUUGCACGUCUGUACCAGGUCACUAUACUUACCACAAGCCACACAUUUUCAUCGUAGUUCUCCUUGAUAUUAUCACAGUGCGUUUGUGGUUGUGGUUUAGUAGUGGAUAUCAUAGCAGGACUGAUGAUAUAGAUUAGAAUGCAGCACCAACCAACAUGUCCAUAUGCCCUCACCUCACUGUGGGAAGGCUUCUCCUUUUCACAGUGAGAGGGAGAGAAACGCUGUUGUCAGGGCUGUACUGGAGCGUUUUGACAUUAGGGUUGUGUUCAGUAAGGAUGAAAUGUUUUGAAACAGAGGUACUACCUGAUCUUGUCCAAUGAGAACACAGUGCUACAGUGUGCCCUACUGAACAGGAGCCAGGAUUAAGAGGAAGUUUCCCUGACACAUUAGUAAGCAUAACCUGCUCUGUCUAUCACUCCCAUGCAGCCAGAAUGUAAACGGAUCACAUUCUUGCUCUUCGAAUUUGCGCACGGCGUUUUGGACAAAGGACAUUUUCUCAGAUAAAGGAAGUGUCUCAACACAGAUCUAUGGGUACUGCAUUUCAGUAGGAAAGCCCUGUUGACACAGCCCCACUAUUCAGAUCAGAUAUACUCACCAGUUAGCGUGACUUCAUUUUCUUGUGCUCUGUGGUAUAAAUAGAUUAGCCACCCACAAGGCCAAAGACUGCCAGUAAAGGCCCCUUAGAGAGACAUGCACAUACUGAUGGCAAUAAAGAAAUGUUUCAGACAAUCACAGCCGUAGCUUCACUACAGCUCAGAUUCAAGCCAUUGACAGAAAUGGCCUAUACGAGAGCUCUUUUAAUAGCUCUUGAUUCUGAAUGGUAAAUAAUGAAUUGUUUGUAUUGAGAAUAUAAUUUAUUAAGUAUGUGUAUGUUGCUACAUUUAAAAGAGUUAAAGUUUAAGGCAUGUUUUGGUUUAUAUCAUAGGAGUUAACUCUCAUUUGUACUUUUCCCUGGAAACACGGUGGACUGUCUGUAUCCAGAGGCGAGAUGGAUACCAAUAAAUUGUUGCAGACAGAAUAUGUGCAACGUUAAGACUAUCGUAUUUAUGUUAUAAAAUAAUAUAUUUUUAGCUAUCACUACACCACUAUUGUCUUAUUAGCUUUUUAACCUGAUGAAUAAAGAUGUGUACCUUCGUCAGGUGAAUGUGUCCAUUUUGUCUGGAGUUUAAUAGACGCUGCCGUUUUGAGCCACGCAGGAAUAUUCCUAACGUAAAAACUCACUCGCAUGUCUAGGUGCCUUUUCUGGUUAAAAGCAUUGUGUAUAUACCUAACAUCCAAAUGUCUUCUGUUUUUUAAGGCUAAUAAAUGUAACACACAUUUCAAAGUUCAA